GGUAACUCGGGCUGCGGCCGGCCAAGGCUGCCUGUGGGGGUGCUCAGGCAUGCAGGUGGGCAGCAAGCAGAAGGCUUGGAAUGGACAGUCUCCAGGACACAGUUCCCCCAGACCAAGGGGGCCGUGGCCCUGCCCUCUGCAGGCUGGUCUCCGUGGGCUUUAGGGCUGAGGCAUGGAAGCUCUUUGUCCUGUCCGGACCCCUGGUUCUGUUUCAGGUGCUGUCCUUCAUGAUCUAUGUCGUGAGCUCGGCGUUCUGCAGGAAUCUGGGCAAAGUGGAGCUGGCAUCGGUGACCCUGGCAGUGGCCUUUGUCAAUGUUUGCGGAGUUUCCAUAGGAUUCGGUUUUCCCUCAGCAUGUGACACCUUGAAGUCCCAGAGCUUCGGCAGCCCCAUCAAGCCGCAGGUGGGCGACAUCCUGCAGAGGGGAGUAUUCCUCCUGCUUCUCUGCUGCUUCCCCUGCUGGGCGCUCUUCCUCAACACCCAGCAGAUCCUACUGCUCCUCGGGCAGGACCCAGACGUGUCCAGGCUGACCCAGGAGUACAUGCUGAUUGCUACUCCGCCCCCCGCCCCCCUCCAGCUGGGGAGGCUCCUGGCCCUGCAGCGACUUCCUCUGUGCGGUGAGGACGCUUGGAGGGGUGGGGGAGAAGUUCCCCUUCCCGCCGGUGCAGACCGGGCUUUUAAAAGGAAGCAUUAUCGUCACAUAUGUGUGUCUGCCUGAGGAAAUCACAUGUAUGUGGUCUACCAGGUAGGACCCUGGAUGCACACCCUUGGUGCAUGUGUCUCCCCUGAGAAGACUUCUGACGUCUUUAUCUGAUGGCACGUAGAGACCCUUCCAUCUGCUUUAGAGCUGCUCAACUCGCCUUGUCCGUGUGGACCAGGAUUCGUGGAUGCAUCCUCUCUCCAUGGACAUUGGUGUCUUUCCCAGGUCCAGGCAAUUUCCCCAGUGCUCUGAUGGGUAGCCAGGAAAAUACGUCUGUGAAAAAUUGUGCAGGAAGUGCUGUGGGGAGACCUCUUAGCAUGAGCACUGCCAGGGGCACGUGUGCACCUGUGGAACUAGGAUGGGUCCUGUGCACUGUUCUCCCAGAGGAGGGGCCUUUCCCCCUUCCCUCCAGGGGAUCAGCUGGGGCCUCUGCUUCCUCGCUGUAUCCCCAUGGCUGGUCACCACCAGACCAGAAGCCUGCCAGCCUGAGGGUGACAGUGCUCUGUUCCCAGUGUUGACAGUGCACGUGUUCCCAUCAUAGAGGCCGGGCAUCUGUGACAUGCAGACAGGUGUGCAGUGCCUCUCUCCGGCAGUACAUGUGCACUCUCUGUCCCUUUAGAAAACAUGGACUUGAGAGACUUUGCUGUACCACAGGUAUGAGACAAUUCACUGGCCUCCUGUUGCUGAGGAAUGCCAUCCAGCUUGUCUUUGUCCUUCCAGAUUGCUGCAUUUUCUCCUCUUGUCUGGGCACAGGAUGAGGCAGCCACUGCCUGACUUCCUUGUGGCCCUCAGAUCAUACUUAGCAGUGCAGUCGCUAUCCUGAGAUUAUGUAUAUGCUUACCAAAUAAGCUUAGUUGUUUUUUGUUUGUUUGUAUGUUUCAUUUUAUUUUAAGAUUUUAUUUAUUUUCAGAGAAAGGAGAAGCAAGAGUGAAAGACAGGGAGAGAAACAUUAAUGUGCAAGAGAAACAUUGAUUGCUUACCUCUUGUUUGCCCACAAAAGGAGACCUAGCCUGCAACCUAGGCAUAUGCCCUGACAGGCAAUCAAACUGGCAGCCAUUUGGUUUGCAGGACAGUGCUCAAUCCACUGCUCACACCAGCGAGGACAGAGCUUAAUUUUUUAUAUGUGAUCUUAUCCUUCUGGGAAUUUCCUCUUAAAUGACAAAAAUAUGUGAGCAAACAGAAAAAGGCACCUGUUGUAACAUUCCACUUAUAGGAAAUGUCCAGAAUAACUUAAAAAAAAAAAGACACAGAAAGCACAUCAGGGGUUGCCAGGGGAAGAGGUGUGGGGAGUGAGUACUUUUGCUGCAGGUUUCUUUUUUGGCAGAUGGAACAUCCUGCACCUGGUCAGUGGUGAGGCUUGCACAGUGUCAUGAGUGUAUAUCAUGCUCAGAAGUAGCACAAUUUACAACAUAAACAAUAAAAUUUAUUUAAUAGUUUGAAUUAAUCAUGCUGUGGAGAAAUGGAAAAUACAACAAUUAAACAGUAUAAAAGGAGAAGGUCAAACAGGGGAGGUAACACAACUUCGGGUGGGAGUGGGAGAACCGGAGGGAUAAUACGCAGCUCCAGAACUGGCCCAGGUGCACUUUGCAGAGCCAGCUCCUCCCCAGUGGUGGCAACCAGGGCAGGUUCCAGGGAGGACUCUUCACGCACAUGGAGUGGGGCGUCUGUUAUAUCAGCAGAUGCUGCAGAACCCAACCCCAGCUCCACAGCUGCAGCUGGAGCAGCUACUUGAGGUGGCACCACCCCUUGAGGUGGGCCGCUCCCCUGGCCUGGAGUGUCAUGCUGGUCUGACCCUGUAGCUGGCUCUUCCAGGUGUUGGACAGGUGCUGAAUCAGGAACCUGCUCUGCCUCCUGGGCUCCUAUUAGAGUUGUGAGAGGAGAAAAGAUUACCCACAUGCCCACAUGUCCAUGUCCCCCCCAACAGAUGGAACAUAGCCAGAGCCUUCUAGAGAAGCCACAGCCCAGGACCCAGCACAGGACGUGAUCCCCACAGACAGUCCAGCAGAUGGGUGGCCUUAGUCUGGUCUGCACUCCAGUGCAGCCUUAGCAGGUGCUCCCUGUGUGUCAGCGCCAACCCCUUCCCAUAAACUUACUUGUACCUCACCCACUACACACACCCACCUCUUCCGCCUUCUCACCCUUUGGAUCUUCCUCCUUGGAAACCACCUCAUUGAACUCAGGAGCAGUAACCAGGACUGAUUCUGAAAACAUGAUCUCUGUGUGGAGCCUGGGUGACUUCAGGGGAGGAGUCUUUCUUCGCCCAUCCAUGGGCCCUGGAUCCCCAGACCCAUGUGUAGAGACAAGGCUGGAGACCUCAUGUACUGCCUGUUGGUCCUCAAGGACCCUUGUUGAACUCUGUAAUGACAAUGACCAACAGCCCAACCCAAGGCCUCAAGCUCUGACUGUCCCUAGUUGCUGCUAUUCCUGCCCACUAUACCUUCUGCUCCAGAAUCAGGCCCAGCCCUGUGUCUGCACAAACUCACACCUGGGGCAAUGAGGUUCACUUCCCAGGCUGUGUAUGAACUUCAGGCAGAGGACUCUACCUAUACUCCACAUGAACCCAGCCAGCUUUGACCUGGGGUUGAACAUGACAGGCCUACUAGAAUACUAAUCUACUUCAGCUUGUACCUGCUCAGGGAAUCCUCUGACACACAUGUGCAUGCACAGGUACGUAACAUAUAGGGUUGCUGAGGUGGGAUCAUAGUGGCCUGGCCCAAACCAAACCUCCCUAGGAUCCCUGUGUGUUACCUUUCUAUUCCCCUGUGAAAAGGGCCACAGAUGUUGGCGCUGGGUCUGGAUCCAGCAGCAGCUGCGAUGGGCCACGCCAUCACCGUCUCUUCUCUGGAGGCCUUGGCCUCGGGAUAGGGGCAGACAACAAGCAAACAUCCUGCUGCAUGAAAUACAUCCACCUAAGUGAGCUGGGGAGAGGCAGUUUGAGAAUGUGGCUGCCUGGUUACCAGGGUUCCAAGUUCUGCUGGGCUCUGUUAUCAGGAAGUGAGGUCACUGCUUGGGUCCCCUACCCAGAGCAUCUCUGGGACAGGCAGUGGCCCCUGCCUGAGAAACCCUCCCCCAAACCUGUCCUGCUUCCUGCCACAGUGGAGGGUUAUCUCUGGAACAUGUCUCAGGAUCACUUCUAGAGUCACUUGUUGAACCAAUACUUUCUGUCUGACCAGAAUUGGCUUACUUGCCCCUCUGUGACUUUUUAAUUUUUUUCUGUUUAUUUUCUUUACAGUAUGAUUUAGUAUGUUAUCAUCAGAAGUUACUGUUUUUAUUUUAAAUUGUGCCACUCCGGAGCAUGAUGCACUAUCAGAUGCUGUGCAAGCGUCACCACUGUGCAGCUGCAGGGUGUUCCAUCUCCCCAAAAGGAAACCUGCCCCACAAAGAUACAGUCCUUCUCCUCCCCACCCUGCCAGCCCCUGCUGUGCUUUCUGUCUCUGCUCCAUCACCUACUCUGGACAAUUUGAUGAACAGGAUCUUAUAGUAGGCGCCUUUUUGUUUCUGGUCACAUAUGUUUGUUAUUAUCUGAGAUACAGUUUCUGUUAUUUAAAGGAACUUUCCAGACAGAAUAGAGAGCAGUUGAAAGAAAAGAAGCCCUUUUGUAAGUUUGUGCAUAAUCUCAGGGUAGGGAUGUAUGUUCUAAAUGAGACACAGAGUCAGAAGUCAGUUAAGACUAUUCCAAGAAUUUCAAGAGGUUGAAAGAACCCAAAGCUCAUUUUGCAAGUCCAGCAUUAUGCUAAUUCUAAAACCAGAUAAAAAUGAAGAAAAAAUUAUAGGACCAUAUUUUUGAUUCAUGGAAGCUAUAAUAACAAAAUAUUAGCAAACUGCUCAAGCAUUACAUUAAAAAAUCAUACACUGUUUCCAAGUGGGAUUUAUUCUGGACAUGCAAGUUUGGUACAAUAUACACACAUCAAAAAUCAUGAGACACCACAUAAACAAAAUGAAUCAUAAAGUUCAAGUGAUCAUUUCAAUAGAUUUCAAAAGGCAGUUGAUAGAAUCCAGCAGCCAUUUAUGAUGAAAACUCUCAGCAAAGUGGGAAUACAGGGAACAUACGUCAACAUGCUUUUGAAAAAGUUUGUUUUCCCUUUAUUUUCUUUACAGUGUGAUUUAUCAUAAAUAAAAAUUUUGUUUAUAUUUUAA